GGCUUGUUACCAAUAUAUCGAUGCUCUCUCUCUCUCUAUAUAUAUACAGCUAGUAAAGCUUUAACCACAACAACAUUUUCAAAUAUACAUAUAUAUUAUCAAGAAAAUUAAUCUUCCAGCGCCUGAUUUAAUCCCAAAUUGCAUGCAGUUCAAUUCUCUAGUACAAGGUGCUGCAGAGAUGAAGAAGUGUGAUGGGGAGAGUCCAAAACUUGAGUUGAAACUGAACUUGUCCCCUCCAGGGGAACACCGACAAGUGGUGUCCCCGGAGAUAUCGCCCCAGAGCUCGUGUGUGUCGCGGGAGACGAGCCCGGAGGCGAUGUCGAUGAUGUUGGUGGGAUGCCCUCGUUGCCUAAUGUAUGUUAUGCUGUUUCAGGACCACCCCAAGUGCCCCAAGUGUAAGAGUACUGUUUUGCUCAAUAUCACACUCACCACCUGACGCCAACUCACACCCCCUAAUUAACACCUCUAUCUAUUUAUUUCUUUUCUUCUUUAAAAAAAAUCAGUCUCAUCUUUGCUUCAUGUAUAAGAUGUAGAAAGGAGGAAUGAAUUGAAUAUGGGGUGCUUUUGUAUUUCA